AACAGAUUUAAGCGCAGGAGCCGAGGAAGUUUAGUUAAAGACCUGCAUAAACUUUGGUUCAAACUUCAAUCUCACGAGAUUCUUUAGAAUUCUACGAUAUGCCGCAAAAUAAAAAAUUUAGUUUAAAGAUAACAACACUGUUUGCACAGUUUAAUGAACAAUUUUUCAACAAUCAAUUGUCUAAUGUUGAUGUCAUAUUGAGUGGAAGAUUGAAGACAACUUCUGGAAAAUUUUGUCCACAAAAACCUCAUUUAAAACAUGGCGAGAAAAAUGGCAUCAUUGAACUGAACCUUCGACUACUCAUUGAACGUACUGACAAAGAAAUUAAAGAAACAUUACUACAUGAAAUGAUCCAUGCAUAUCUCUUUAGUUAUGAAAAACGGAUAAAGCCUCAUGGAAAAGAGUUCAAACAGAUGAGUGAAGAGAUUAAUAAAGCUUUAGAUAUUAACAUUUCAACCAGACAUAAAUAUUUUACGUGGUAUCGAUGUGAAGGAAAAUGCAAAACAUCAGAAAAUCGUUACUUUGGUUACAUUAAAAUUGUGUCAUCCAAUACUUCACGACUUAAAAAUUCUCAUGUGCCUGGCUGUGAUGGUGCAUUUAAAAAAGUCUCAGAGCCUUCAAAGAACCUUCUCAAACAGUUCGAUGAGCAAAAAAAGAAAAUUAGAGAAGCUCAAAAGAAGGUCAAGAAAUGCAAAUUACAAUACAAAAGUAAUGCCUUUACAUUCAAUUCCGAUUGGACUGCCUUACUACCGAUGUUUAAGCAUAUCUAAUUAUUUUUUCAUUUAUAAUAAUAUCUCAAUUUUCUUUUCGAACGGUAAUAACAAAGAGUAGUUUCUUAUCACGCGACUGCUAAAUUCCGAUGACUAUUUUUAUCUGACUCGGCAAAUUCUUAUCAAAUUGAGUUUCAUUGUAACUUAGUUAAUAAUUGAUAUUAUUGAAAUGAUAUUUUUGUUCAGUGAAAUUGAAAAUCAUCAACAUUUAUCGCAUUUGUUUAGAAGUUAAAUUAAAAAGUGGUUGAUAUUUGAGAAAUUACAUCUUUCUGAUAUCUGCCAAUCAUUUUAAUAAAAGAAUUUAAUACAAU